ACCCGGACGCGGUGACGCUGGUUUCCGGCGGGCUUUUUAGAGUGACGAACCGCUUGGGGGCUGAGAGACCAUGAGAGGGCCGGAGCUCGGUGGCCCCGAAACUGCCAUGGAGGGGGACGUGCUGGAUACCCUGGAGGCCCUGGGGUACAAGGGACCACUGUUGGAAGAAGAGGCUCUUUCCAAGGCUGCAGAGGGUGGCCUGUCUUCACCUGAAUUCUCUGAACUCUGUGUUUGGUUGGGUGCUCAGAUCAAGUCUUUGUGCAGUUUGGAGGAAAGCAUCACUUCAGCUGGGAAAGAUGACUUGGAGAGCUUCCAGCUGGAGAUCAGUGGUUUUUUGAAGGAAAUGUCCUGUCCGUAUGCAGCACUUGUAUCAGGAGAUGUUAAAGACCGUUUGAAGAAGAAGGAUGACUGUCUGAAACUACUCUUAUUCUUAAGUACAGAACUUCAAGCUUUACAGAUACUGCAAAACAAGAAACAUAAAAAUUCUCAAUUAGAUAAAAACAGUGAAAUUUAUCAGGAAGUUCAAGCUAUGUGUGAUAUCCUUGGUGUACCCAAGUCAAGCUCUUCUGACAUUCCACUUAUGCUAAACCAAGUGGAAUCAAAGGUGAAGGAUAUUCUCUCUAAAGUCCAGAAAACUCAUGUGGGAAAACCACUGCUGAAAGCUGAUUUAAAUCCUGAACAGGCAGAAAAACUGGAAAGAAUUAAUGAUGCUCUUUCUUGUGAAUACGAAUGCCGAAGGCGGAUGUUAAUGAAGCGAUUAGAUGUGACAGUGCAGUCCUUUGGGUGGUCUGACAGAGCAAAGGUAAAAACAGAUAAUAUAGCAAGAAUUUAUCAGCCCAAGCGUUAUGCCUUGUCACCCAAAACAACAGUUACAUUGGCACAUCUACUUGCUGCUCGUGAAGAUCUGUCUAAGAUCAUUAGGACAAGUAGUGGCACCAGCCGGGAGAAGACUGCAUGUGCCAUUAAUAAGGUCCUAAUGGGAAGGGUACCUGACAGAGGAGGACGGCCUAAUGAAAUUGAACCACCACCUCCUGAAAUGCCCCCUUGGCAGAAGAGACAAGAAGGCGGUGGAAGGGGUGGUUGGGGUGGUGGUGGUGGUGGUAGAGGAGGUGGUGGAGGUGGAAGAGGUGGAUGGGGAGGGGGAGGGGGAGGAGGAGGAGGUGGAGGAUGGGGAGGGGGUGGGGGAGGGGGUGGAGGGUGGGGAGGAGGAGGUGGAGGAGGUGGUGGUAGAGGUGGUUUCCAAGGCAGGGGAGAUUAUGGUGGGAGGGGGGGCUAUGGUGGAAGAGGGGGUUAUGGUGGGAGAGGUUAUGGAGAUCCAUAUGGAGGAGGUGGUGGGGGUGGGUAUAGAAGAUAUUAAAAAUGAGAAAUUGGAGAGAAGUACUUGUAGUUAGAUGCAUAGGCUUAGUGUUCUAAAUAACAUACUUGAGUGUCAUCUGUGAAGUAUAUCAUGUUAGAUUCCCUGGUAAUACCACACGUGAAUAUGUAAGAGCAUUGUUUUAUGCACCAUUUGAGGGUAAAGUCAUGAUUUUUCCAUACUGUAUGUAUUCUUGAGCAUGUUGUGUCUUUUUAAAAGAAACAAAAACUAUUUUUAAAAUUGUAAAUAUUUAUUACCGGCAAACUUGGAUAAUAGAAAGUAUUUUAUUGUCACGAUUGAAUUUAGACUGUUAACUGGUAUUUUUGUUCAGGGUUGAAAUACAUAAAUGACCCCACCUGUAACAGAAAGGAAAGAGAGUCUUUGACUCAUUUGUUUCUCUGUGGAUAUGUCUUACAGUUGUUAGUUCUGUUUUACAGAUAGAAAAUGUGUCUAAUACUUGUGUUCAAUAAGUGGUUGUCAUUUUUUUUAAUAGGACAAGAUUCCUUUGCCCAGGUUUCUAUUAAAUUUCCAUUAGCUGAAGUCCAUGUCUUCUUUUUUGCAUAUGAGAUCUAUUUUCCAGUUGGCUUUGAAAACUAUGUGAUUUACUGAAUAGCUAUUUUAAAAAUUGAGGUCCGAAUUACUUCAAAGGAAUAAAAGUUGUACCAAUUUUA